AACAUGGUGGUGCACGAGCAAAGUGUUCGUUCUACGCGGUGAUACACAAUUAGCUUCGCGGAAGAAACCACGCACGGUGGUUCGCAGUAGUUUACAUCUGUAAUUGGAGUUGUUUAAAAAACGAAAUCGCGUGCCUUUUGAAUCGAUUCUUUCACCGUCGCUCGUCGAAGACGCGUUUGUCGAAGUCAUUCAACUUGCCUCGGAAAGAGAGGCACUGUGCGGUGUGCGGGCAGCUUGCGAGCGUGUGCGAGCGAGCAAGAAAGCCAGCCCAACGACGGCAUUCUGCCGUUUUGAUGUUGGUUCGCUUCGCGCAUUGUGCAAUUGUGUCUAGUGCGUACCGUGUUAGGAAUUAAAGUGGAAGAAGCGUUUGUAAGACAACGCUGUGAAUGGUCUAUUGCUUGCGCUCCGCGUCUCGCGGCGAUUGUGUAGUGAAGAAUCUCAUUCACCUGUCUUUGGAUUCGUUUUGCCCGUGACACUACGGUACGGCGUAUGCGUAGAAGAAGCGCCAUCAAUGGAAAAGAAAGGAGCUUGUUUUUGAACGAACUGUGAAAGAACGGACGGUGAAAAAAAUCUGACCGACAUAUUUGCAGCCCCACGACAGUCCAUUUCUCCAGCGCAAAAUAGCUAACUGUAAGAGCCGGUUUUUUCUUCGUUUGUUUCACCGUCCACUAAUACAACCGCGCGUCUCACGCAGUGUAUGCUGCAGCAGCGCGAGGCGGCAAUCCGUCAUUCGCGUGGAUAUGCAACUGUAGAAAAAAAACAUUCACCGACCGGAGAAGAAAGGAAUGUCUAGAAUGAUGUAAAGGAGCAACCCGGCGGGUUGUGUGUGUGUGCGGAAAAUUGCCAUUAGCUGCGGGGUAUUCGAUGGAGUAGCACCGAAAAUAAAUCAAUUUUUACCCCGACACAACAGUGGCUACUUUGUUUCGCGUGUUUCUGUGUGCAUCGCAUCCUUCCAUGACGUUGACGGAACGGCGUCUGCAAAAUCCACCGGCAGCACCUCGAUCAUCUCGAUGGGCACGACGACGAUGAUGGAAACGGAGUCGAUCAAAUCGGAACCGGGAAGCAAAAGUCGAAGAUCGAGAGGUGGCGGUGGUAGUGGGCAGCCGAAUCUUACGCAGCAACAGCAGCACAGCACACUUGGAUCGCACCGGACACGACACUCGCAUCGGAGUAACAACCAUUCGCGGAGCAACAACAAGCGCCCCGAUAUGGCGCCGUUUCAGACCAGUGUUAACCUCGGCGAGGAUGGGCGGGACGGGCAGGAGAUCAUUGAGGUGUCGAUCCUGCCGCAGGACGAAACGUGGGGCGACAAUACGACGGCUAUCACGGGCAACACGUCCGAGCAGAGCAUCUCGAUGGAGGACGUGAGCUACUUUCAGAUGGCGGACGAUCGGGGGGUCGGGUUUGCCUGCCAGCGGUACCUCGAGCGCGGUCUCUCGGUGCUCCUGUGUCUGAUCGCAUUCGUGAGCCCGCUGGUGAUGGUGGUGCUGCCGAAAGUCGGUCUCUUCCCGUCCGCCUUCGAAAGCCUCGAGCUGACACAAACGGAGCGCCUGCAGUUGCUGGCAUGCAAUGCGGAGUGCAAGGGUAUGCUGGUGUCGCUGGCCGCCCGGCUGUUGCUGCUUGCCAUCGGCCUGUGGGCGCUGUUCUUCCGCAAACCGAUCGCCACUAUGCCGCGGAUCUUCUUGUUCCGCUCGUCGGCCCUAGCGCUCGUGCUGAUCGCGUCCUUCGCCUACUGGCUGUUCUACAUCGUGCAGGUGAACGAGGGCGCCCGGGCCAUCGUGUCCGGCUCGUCGGUGGUUGACUAUCGCACACUGGUGGCGUACGCGACCAGCUACUGUGACACGCUGCUGUUCAUUCACUACGUGGCGGUUGUGCUGCUCGAGAUCCGCCACCUGCAGCCGAUCUAUCACGUGAAGGUCAUACGCAGUCCGGAUGGGGAGUCGCACAACUACAGCAUCGGUCAGCUGAGUAUCCAGCGAGCGGCCGUGUGGGUGCUGCAGCGGUACUACACCGAGUUCACCAUCUACAACCCGUACCUCGAGCGGCUCCCGGUGUCGAAGGCGCAGCGCAAGGCGGCAGCCGUGUCCUCCUUCAAGUACUACGACGUGGACGGCGCUACGCCGGCUCAGCAGCAUAGUCAAUCACGUGCCGUCUUGGCGGCACAUGCUCGCCGCCGUGACUCGUCCCACAAUGAGCGGUUCUACGAGGAGCACGAGUACGAGCGACGAGUCAAGAAGCGCCGGGCGCGAUUGGUAACGGCGGCCGAGGAAGCGUUCACGCACAUCAAGCGCAUGCAUGGCGUUCCACCGCCCGCCAUCCCGCUCGAUCCGCAGGAAGCGGCCCAAGCAAUCUUUCCCUCGAUGGCGCGCGCAUUGCAAAAGUACCUGCGCGUCACCCGCCAGCAGCCCCGGCACACGGUCGAGUCGAUCCUGAAGCACCUCGGGCACUGCCUCAAGCACGACAUGUCCCCCCGGGCCUUCCUCGAGCCGUACCUCGUCGAGGCACCGGUGCUGCAGAACGACAAGGAACGGCGGCACAACCACAACUGGUCGCUCAUCUGCGACGAGCUGCUAUCGCGGCCAAUCUCCGACGGCUGCACCUUCCAGCUGAUCCAGAACGACGUCUCGCUCACCGUCGCCAUCCACCGCAUACCACACUUCACCGUCAGCGAGGAGGUGGUCGAUCCGAAGUCGAACAAGUUCGUCCUAAAGCUCAACUCCGAGACGAGCGUGUGACCGCGUGCGGUGCGCAAGGCGGCCGAGUCAGCAACCCCCGGGCCUGCUGCGGCAAAUCGGGCGGAGAUUUUGCACCAGUUGAACCACCUACUCGUCACCGGUAAGCGUCGGAAUCGAAAGAUUCAGGAUCGCCUGGUAUAAGGCAGCAUAAACGGGACGACCGUCCCGUAAAACCCCAAAACACGGAACUAUUCUUAGGUCAUAAGUUAGGUAGCAUUUGUCUCUUACACGUUCGGUUCCGAAUCACCUCACGCGGGGACGAAGGAUGGAUGUAUUGAAAGUAUUUAAAUGUAAUUCCAAGCCCUGCCCAAGGUUAAAUGAACCUUGAUCUUUCCGCUCCGGGGCGGUAUAAUUAUUGAUCGGAGCAAAAUUAGAAGUUAGUUAAGCCGUUUGCCGUGUGCAUUUUCGUGUGAUCACUCUGGAAGGACAUUGGUGAUGAAAGGAACGAAUGAUCGAGGGACGGAUCGCCUCGACUAGCUGUAGUAUUAACUCAAAGGAGAAGUUAAUUAUGUCGCGUGUAAGGUUUUGGGA